UGGGUCUAGCCAGUACAAAAAAUCCUUUUCACAAAAUCUAGCCACCGCGAUUCGAAUCUCCGUCUCAGAGAAAAAUCCUUGAUUGCGUAGCAGUGUGGGACGACUUCCACGUGCUUUUCGCCCUUACCUCUUUCAAUGCGAAAACGAAGUGUGAUUUGGAGGCCUGUAGGGCUGUAGAUCGCAGGGACAAAGGAAGUUAAUGCGUAGCUAGGCUACACCCUAUUUAUUACUUAUUAGCUGCAAGACAAGUUGAAUAGUGUGAAUUCAGUCUUUACAUUUCAGAGAUUUAUUCUGUAGCCUUCUGAGUGUCGGAACAGUCUAGGCUGCGGCAGCUUUUUAUAGCGAUCAUUUGUGUUGUGUGGCGACGAACAACGUACGCACGGGUGCAGAUUUAUCAGAGACGCACAUGGGGAGUCGGGAAAAAGAAAAAUCAAAAUCUCUUCCUCGUUCUCAUAUUCUCAGAUGAUUUUUUUUUUGUUGGGUCUUUUUAAACACUUGGGUUAAUCAUAUGCGCUUCGUAGUUCGUCUCAGUCUCCACAUUCCUGAAUCAUAUGAGAUGUAUUCCUACUUAAUAUCCUCUAUACAUUACUGAAUCAUACCUAACAUUUUUACAUUAUUCCAUUCGUUGUUCAGUAGAAUUUUUGCAUAGUUAGAGCUUAGGGAAGGGGAGGGGAAUGAUCUAAUAAGUAUGUGCUGUUGCAGCUGCAUCUUUAUUCGCUGUAUUAGACAAAACAGUUGUUGAAUUACCGCAUGGGUGUAGGGAUAGGCUAUUGAUUAGGGGCAAAAGGACGCGGAUGUCUGCCAUUAUUCCAGAAGUUCAGGUAUAAUAUCUGGUCCCAGGGACCCCACAGGAUCGUCUGUUUGCAGGAUACAAAUCUCAACCUCUUUCUCUUUCCCCUUCCUUCCUGCACCCUGCACGCUGCACGCUUUCUGAUAUAAGCCGCAAUCCUCCCUGCCCGCAUUUUUGUGUCUUGAGAUGAGUUAUUGGUAUGAUUUGAUUUGCAUGGGACGAAUCAGGAGCAUUUUUUGGACGGUCUUUAUGGGCCUGCUGUCGUGUAUUUCGGCCCCCUGUAAGCCCAUGCAAAGCCCUGCUUCCACUGGACCUGGACUCGACCUUACCAGGUUUCACAGAGAGAGUGUGGUCGACACUCCACAUCUUUCCUUCCUCGACUCUGCCUCCGCAGCUAUCGAUUUUGGUGGGAUUUUUCAUCACAAACCGGCGGCUAUUUUUCGCCCGGUGGAAGCAGAGGAGAUAGCCGGUUUUCUGAGGGCUGUGUAUAUGUCGAACAAACUGGACCAUCAGGUUGACUUCACUGUGUCCGCCAAGGGAGCCGGGCAUUCCAUCUAUGGCCAAGCGCAGGCACGGGCACCCAAUGGGCUUGUCGUUGAUAUGCGAGCUCUCAGAGGUAUUCAAAUCCACAACAAGUACGCAGAUGUUGCAGCGGGAGAACUCUGGGCAGACGUGCUGAUUGAAUCUUUGAAAGUUGGUCUUGCGCCUCGAUCCUGGACCGAUUAUCUCUAUCUCACCGUGGGGGGGACGCUUUCCAAUGCAGGCGUUAGCGGGCAGACCUUUCGCCACGGCCCUCAAAUCAGUAAUGUUCUGCAGUUGGACAUAGUCACAGGGACUGGAGAGCUGUUGAAUUGCUCUGCCAGUGAAAAUGAGGAUUUGUUCUACGGUGCCAUGGGAGGGCUGGGACAGUUCGGCAUCAUAACCAAAGCUCGGAUCAUUCUGGAACCCGCUCCUCAAAGAGUGAGAUGGGUUCGGAUCUUCUAUAAUGAUUUCGAGCAAUUCGCUAGAGACCAAGAACUCAUUGUGUCCAUGCACAACGGUGUAGAUUACUUAGAAGGCUUCAUGAUCCUCAACAGCGAAGCGAUGCACAGUUGGUCGGUCGGAUUUCCCACAGCAAAGCUGCCGAAUGAAAGCUUUGUCCAGGGCAUUGGAAGCCAGGUCCACUUUUGCAUAGAAAUAGCCAUGUACUUCACACACCAUGGGACUGCACAUAUGGACAAGGUUGUGGGUCGUGUCAUGUCGAGAUUGAGUUUCAUUCCCUCGUCGAUAUUCAGUGCGGAUGUUUCAUACUUCAAUUUUCUGAAUCGUGUCCAUGCCGAAGAGUUGAACCUGCGAUCUAGCGGACUGUGGGAUGUCCCUCACCCGUGGCUCAACAUGUUUGUCCCACGAAGCAAGAUUCAUCAGUUUACUUCCAAUCUUACACAGAUCAUACCUCGCCACACCUUCAAGGGCCCAAUUCUCAUAUAUCCUGUGCUUCGAAGCAAGUGGAAUACGAACAUGUCUGCAGUAUUGCCAGAGGACAAUGAAGAGAUAUUUUAUGUUGUGGGAAUGCUUCGUUCAGCGGACCCACAUUGCUCUUCGGGGACCUCCUGCAUGGACAAUCUGCUCUUACAAAACCAAGAAAUAGUUGAUAUAUCAACUACCAUGUCAGAGCUUAAUGUUGACAAUGGGAUUGCUGCCACUGCCAAGCAGUAUUUGCCCUACUAUACCAGUGAAUCUCAGUGGAAGAAUCACUUUGGAAGCAAAUGGGAAAUGUUUGUACAGAGGAAGGCAAGAUACGAUCCUCUAAACGUAUUGGGUCCUGGACAGAGAAUUUUCAAAAGAAAAACCAGAAGUACCACACAUACCCAAUAAAAAAGAAAAGCUACUAUAUGUUGUUAUAUACAAUGUCACAGCAUAUAAGCCGCAGCAAUAGCUAAGAGCGUCCGUUCUCCGCGUGAAAGAUGACCUCCAGGCUUGAGCGUAUACAUGCUCACGCCGGUCUUUUUGUUCCAAUCUGUACAGUAGCAUAUAUUCAAGUGUGUGUUUCUCCUGUACAACGAGCAUAUAAUUUCUGUUCACAAAUAUUUAAGCAAAUGAAUAGAUGGUACAUCGAGCAUAUAAUUUCUGUUUACAAAUAUUUAAGCAAAUGAAUAGAUGA